GCUCACGCCGCCUCCCCUCUUCCUUCUCUCCUCCCCUACCUCGCUCGCUCGCUCGCCGCCGCCGCCGCCGUUGGGGGACGACGACUCCGCAGAACAAGCCCCAGCCCGGCCCCCCGAUGAUGCCACCACGCCGCUAGUAUCUUCUGUGCUAUUCACUUAUGACAAUGGAGACCUCGCGGGAGGUUUUCAAGUAUCACCCUUUGCCUACACCUGGAGUGGAAAAUAAUCUCAAGGAUGAGAUUCAGUCGAAGGUUUUGGGCACGAUAGGGAAUGUGAUGAACUCACUAGACCCAAAGUCAUUUCCGCAGCAUGUAGAAGGGGCACUCGGAACAGCUGGGAACAUUAUCAAUUCCUUUGAGUCAAAAUUGGCUGAGCACAAGCCAUUUGAUUUUGGUGGCAAAACUGAUUUUUAUGGUUAUGACUAUGCUGACGAUGGUUGGGGAUCUGCACCCUUGAAGCUAGAAAAGCCAAUAAACCUUAGCAAUCUGCUGGGUGGUUUAAUUGCAAUCUUUAAUCGUGGUGGCAAAAAGUCUGAAAUUCAACCACCAAUGGACAGUAAGUCUAGUGUCGCGUUCUUAGGAUCAAAUAGCAAUGGAGAAACAUUCUUGCACUCCUCAGUCUAUUUGCCAAGUGCUCCACCAUUGCUGGACGAAGAAGCAUUGAAUUACAAUGUAUAUCGGGUUGUCAUAGAGGCAGAGCCACCAGAGUGGAUGCCUGAUAGUUAUGCUAACUCGUGCAUGCAAUGUGCUGCUCCUUUUACUGUUGUUACUCGUGGAAGGCACCAUUGCAGAUUUUGUGGAGGGAUAUUCUGUAGGACAUGCUCAAAAGGCAGAUGCCUGUUGCCAGCCAAGUUCCGUGAGCGGGAUCCGCAAAGGGUUUGUGAUGCCUGUUAUGAUAGGCUUGAUCCACUGCAGAACUUAUUUAUUAAUUCCAUUAGCAACGCCACACAGACUGCAAAGCAUGAUGUUUUCGAUUGGACUAGCACAAGGGGGUGGUUGAAUUUGCCUAUUGGAUUAACAAUGGAACAUGAGAUUUACAAGGCCGCAAAUUCCGUGAGGAGCUAUAUCAAGAUCGCAAGAAUAAACCCUGAAAGGUCUAUUCCUCAUGCUGUCCUUAGUGGAGCAAGUGGGCUUGCUAUCCUGACAGUUGUAAAAGCUGGUGCACUUGUUACUUAUAAACUUGGAACUGGCCUUGUAGUUGCUCGAAAAUCAGAUGGAUCAUGGUCACCACCAUCAGCUAUCAUUUCAGCUGGUUUAGGAUGGGGAGCACAGGUUGGUGGUGAACUGAUGGAUUUCGUCAUAGUGCUUAGCGAUCUGGAAGCUGUCAGGACUUUUAGCAGCCGGAUGCACUUUUCAUUUGGGGCAGGUUUAAGUGCUGCAGCAGGACCUGUUGGUAGAGUAUUAGAGGCUGACUUGAGAGCUGGUGAUAAAGGCUCAGGUGUCUGUUAUACAUAUAGCUGCAGCAAAGGCGCAUUCGUUGGUGUUUCGUUGGAAGGAAACUUGGUUGCCACCCGGAGGGAUGCAAAUCUGCGAUUCUAUGGAGACCCGUAUCUGACAACCAGCGAUAUCCUUAUGGGGGAUAUGCCGAGACCAAAUGCUGCCAAGUUUCUGUACACAGCGUUGGAUGACCUGUACUCUGCGCUUAGGCCUUAGGACGAUCUAAAUCUCAAUUGUACAGAUUUGCUAUGGUUGGUUCUGGCUGUAGGUAGGCUUAUUGAUUCUCAAAAUGCUUGCCAUUUUAGCUUUUAUAGGGGCCCAAUUUUACCUGUAAAUACUUUAAUUUUAUUAUUUUUAGUGUUGCUUAGAUUCACAUAGAUGUUAAUGAGUUUAUACGUAUGUACAAAUCAUAUAUAUUAAUCUAUAGAUGAACAUAGACAGAAUCAGAAAAUUCUUACUCUAUGGAAUGGAGGG